CUGAUAGCUGAUGAGGAUGCUGCACGAAACUCCAUCCGCAUUGGCUCCCGUGCUGCUGGGAGUCAGCUGCCUCUGCCUCGCGGAGGCAUUCAGACUCGGCACUCAUGCAAGGCCUUUCCGCUCAUCCGCACCCUCUCACCCUCCAUCCCUCUCUCCCUGCCUCUCGCACCCUUCAUCUUUCAUCACCAGCCAUGCUGCAACCGGCACGCAGAUAGCGCCCACCGACGCAGAGCGGACGGCACACGAACCGGCAGACACAGACGCGGCGCUAGAUCCGCUCGGGGUGGACGAGCAGCAGCGGCUGAAGAGUGAUGCAGAGAAGUAUCUGCUCAACAACUAUGGCGCCAGGAACCUGCUGCUGACCGAGGGGCGCGGGGCGACUGUCUAUGAUGCGUCUGGGAAGGCGUACAUCGACUUCGGUGCCGGGAUUGCCGUCAACGCUUUGGGACACUCAGAUCUGGGGUGGUAUUCGGCUCUCAUGGACCAGGCCUCCAAGCUCAGCCACACGAGCAACCUCUACCUCACUCAGCCGCAGAUCGACCUUGCCAAGAAGCUGGUGCAGCUGGCCCCCUUCGCCAGCAAAGUCUUCUUCUGCAACAGCGGCACCGAGGCCAAUGAGGCGGCCAUCAAGUUCGCCCGCAAACUGGCUCUCAGCAAGGCCAGGAAAGGCCUGCUCGGCAAGGCGAAAAAGGUCAACUUCGUGGCUUUCGAGAAGUCUUUCCACGGCCGCACAAUGGGCGCCCUCACCGUCACAUCAAAGAAGAAGAUCCGUGACCCCUUUGCGCCUCUGAUGGGUGGAGAUGUGACGUUCUGUCCGUGGAAUGACCUGAAGGAGGCCAAGCGGGCGAUUGAUGGCGACACGUGUGCGGUGUUUGUGGAGCCUGUACAGGGCGAGGGCGGGGUGAACCCGGCCGAUGUUGGGUUCCUGAAGGGCCUUCGGGAACUCUGUGAUAAGAGCGGGGCGGUGCUUGUGUUCGACGAGGUGCAGUGUGGCCUUGGCCGCACGGGAAAGCUGUGGGGGCACCAACACGCCGGUCAGUGUGAGAUCCAUCUACACGCAGACACGCAGCAGACAUCCAUCUGCUCCAUUCCUUCAUUCAGGUGUGUCCCCCGACAUCAUGACUCUCGCCAAGCCAUUGGCUGGCGGCUUGCCGAUCGGUGCUGUCCUCAUGACGGAGGAGGUGGCGAGUGCCAUCGAGCCGGGGGACCACGGCUCCACCUUCGCCGGCAACCCCCUCGUGUGUGCGGUGGCCAACUAUGUGGUGAACGCUGUCAGCAGCCCCGAGUUUCUGAGCGGAAUUGAGAGCAAGGGACGGCACUUGAGAGAGAGGCUGGCGGCCGUCGAGGGGGGGCGCAUCAAGGACACCAGAGGAGAGGGGCUGCUGGUAAGGGAGUCAGAGUGGGGUGUGGGGUGCGUCGUGAAGCCGGGCGGAGGCUUCGUUUGUGUGGCUCGCUUGGAUGCAGAUUGGCGUCGUAUUUGAUUCUGCCGAUGAAGUCAACAAAAUCAAGCAGACGUAAGUGCACACAAGCUGGACACAUGAGCCGACAUUCCCGCCCGUGUGUGUUGGUGUGUGUGGUGUGUCGACAGGUGUGAGGAUCGUGGUCUGCUGGUGCUGACGGCCGGCGAGGGUCAGGUGGUCCGAUUGGCGCCGCCCCUCAACAUUCCCAUGGAGCAGCUCGACCGAGGCAUCGACAUACUCGAACACGCCAUCAAGGAGCUCGGAUGAUAUGCUUGCCGGUGGUGAUCCAUGUGUGUGUGUGUGUGUGUGGUUUCGCGUGUUCAUUCGUUUUGCCUGCUGCUGUUCCGAAAGAACAGCGGCUGCUCUUUUUGCUGCGUGUCGGGUGUGAGGUGUGCGCGUGUGUGUUUUGGGACCGGACGGCCUUCAAAGGGCGGCGUAGCAGCCGCGUGC